UGCCGAAGUCGGGUCCCGCCUGGCUAGAAGCCGGCUGUCAGUCUCCGAGUCGCAGCCGCCGCCCGGCACCGUGGAGCUGGGGCCCCCUUUCGCCCGGGAGUUUUGUGGUCGCCUCGGGUCAGCGGUGACAUCCCAAAGGGCAGGCCCGGCAGCCACCAUGGUGGCAAAGGAUUACCCCUUCUACCUCACAGUCAAGAGGGCGAACUGCAGCCUGGAGGUACCCCCGGCCAGCAGUCCGGCCAAGGACGCCGAGGAGCCUAGUAAUAAACGAGUCAAACCUCUUUCCAGAGUCACCUCAUUAGCAAACCUCAUCCCGCCUGUGAAGGCCACACCGUUAAAGCGCUUCGGCCAAACCCUGCAGCGCUCCAUUAGCUUCCGCAGCGAGAGCCGUCCCGACCUCCUCACCUCCAGACCCUGGUCCAGAAAUGCCACCCCCUCGAGCACCAAGCGAAGAGACAGCAAGCUGUGGAGUGAGACCUUUGAUGUGUGCGUCAAUCAGAUGCUUACGUCCAAGGAAAUCAAACGUCAGGAGGCAAUCUUCGAACUUUCCCAAGGAGAGGAAGACUUGAUAGAGGACUUGAAAUUGGCAAAAAAGGCCUAUCAUGACCCCAUGCUGAAACUCUCCAUAAUGACAGAACAAGAGUUGAAUCAAAUUUUUGGAACACUGGACUCUCUAAUUCCUCUACAUGAAGACCUCCUUAGUCAGCUCCGAGAUGUUCGGAAGCCUGAUGGCUCGACUGAACACGUCGGUCCCAUCCUCGUGGGCUGGCUGCCUUGUCUCAGCUCCUACGACAGCUACUGCAGCAAUCAAGUAGCUGCCAAAGCUCUGCUGGACCACAAAAAACAAGACCACCGAGUCCAAGAUUUCCUCCAGCGAUGCUUAGAAUCCCCCUUCAGCCGCAAACUAGAUCUCUGGAAUUUCCUUGAUAUUCCAAGAAGCCGUCUGGUGAAAUACCCUCUGCUUCUUCGAGAAAUCUUGAGGCACACACCAAAUGAUAAUCCAGAUCAGCAGCACCUGGAGGAAGCUAUAAACAUCAUUCAGGGAAUUGUGGCAGAAAUCAACACCAAGACUGGCGAAUCUGAAUGCCGCUAUUAUAAAGAGCGACUUCUUUACUUGGAAGAAGGCCAGAAAGACUCCCUGAUCAACAGCUCAAGAGUGCUCUGUUGUCAUGGCGAACUGAAGAACAACCGGGGUGUGAAACUGCAUGUUUUCCUGUUCCAAGAAGUGCUUGUGAUCACUCGAGCCGUCACCCACAACGAGCAGCUCUGCUACCAGUUGUACCGGCAGCCGAUCCCUGUGAAGGACCUCCUGCUAGAAGACCUGCAGGAUGGAGAAGUGAGGCUGGGUGGCUCCCUGCGCGGGGCCUUCAGCAACAAUGAGAGAAUUAAAAACUUCUUCAGAGUAAGUUUCAAAAAUGGAUCCCAAAGUCAGACUCACUCACUACAAGCCAACGAUACCUUCAACAAACAGCAAUGGCUCAACUGUAUUCGUCAAGCCAAAGAAACAGUCCUGUGUGCUACUGGACAGGCUGGGGUGCUCGACUCCGAGGGACCUUUCUUAAAUCCCACCAUUGGGAACAGGGAGCCACAGGGAGAAACAAAACUUGAGCAGAUGGACCAAUCGGACAGUGAGUCAGACUGUAGUAUGGACACAAGUGAGGUCAGCCUCGACUGUGAGCGCAUGGAACAGACAGACUCUUCCUGUGGGAACAGCAGGCACAUUGAAAGCAAUGUCUGACAGAAGUAUGUACUUUCUGGAGUUAGCCCCGUGUCCUACCUGUACAGUAUUUGCAUUCCACACGUGGAACGGUUUGGAGAAGCACUUUUUAAUACUUUUGUGACCAUGUUGACCCAGUCUCUUGUAUCUGUACCUUUGUCCCUAGUACUGUAACUGCCAGUCUGUCUGUGUAAGCUGGAAUCUGUAGCAACUGUUAUCCUGUAUUGUAUUUCACAAGUGUCGGGAUGGAUGGAGAGGUACUUGAACAAGUUACUUUCAAUUGUCCUGCUGGAUUUUGAAAAAUAGAAAAAGAAUCUCUAAACUACUGUUACAUGUAGAUCGCUUAAAGAGUCCCUCCGUGUUUCUGAAGUGCUUUUCUAGCUCUUUGACGUGGUAGCUGAAGGCGUGGAAUUUAGGGGGCCUUGCAAACAGGGCCUGGGGAAGUCACUCGUGUACCCUCAUGGGAUUUGAAGGAAAACCAGGAAAGAACAAUCGUUGCGGUAAACUUGGUUCAAUGUUAUCCAGCCAGAAAGCAUGAAAACAUCCCUGGGGAUUCUAGAGGUUUAAUUUUGCAAAGGAAUAAGUACUAUCUUGACUUUGCAAUGUCAUCCAGUGCAAAUUUGAUGCAAUAAUCUAUUAGGACAUGAAAUAGAGUCUGACUUUAAAAGGACCAGCACAAAAGCAGCUAUCAGCUCUGAAUCUUGAACUGAAAUGCACAUUGCACCAGAGGGUCUCUGUCACGGUUGCUGGCUUGCCUUAGAGAGCCAUUUCUAGCCUAAAACAUCAGAACAGAACUCAGAGGGCCUGGAAAACCUGGCAGGAUAACCAGAAGGCUGUCUUCAUUUGAUUUCAUUUGCCGAGCCUUGCUCAUAUUUUAGAGCAAGAAUGAAGAGAUAAGAAAGAAAGACUACGACCAAGUCAGUGACUCUGUUUACAGAAACAGAUGAGAAGAAGAAUUUGGAAGAAGUGCUUCAUCGUAACCUUAUGUGGGAAACAUUACAAGAAAAAGCAAGAUCCAGUGCCCUUCUGGGAAAGGCCAGCGCUUGGGUUUUCGGCUCUGCUUUUGGGUCAUCAGUUUGCCGUCUCUGGCUCUGUGCUAUGAUCAGAAUCAUAAUUACAUUCUCCAGAGGCCAAUUUAAUUAACUCUGUGAUUAAUUACUCAGUUAACCAAACUAGUAACCUCUUUGUCCAGCCUUGAUUUACAGUGCAGGGUGGGUCACAGACCUUAAAAAAUGUUAACUGAAUACACAGAAAAGCUCCCUGUGAGUAUAAAUAUUAAGGAUGACCUGUGCAAAAUUAUACCCACACCAGCACUAGUAGUAAUGAUUCUAAAUUAUUGCCAAAAAAAAUUUUUUUUAAAUCUUCUGUGUCUUUCGAGUUUACAGAAAGGAAAGCAGUAAAUACUGUAUUGUCAUUUUAUUAUAUGCAUCUAUCAUGUACAUUCAAAGAAGCUGUGUAACAAGAUUUAUCAAUAUAAAACCAAGGUAUAUUGCUUAUUUUUCAAAAACAAAAAAAUAUUGUGGUCAGUUUUACCCUGUAAAACAUAUUUCUGUAUUUAUAGAUUUUAAACAUGGUGAAUUUUUUUUCUAUUACAAAUUUAUUUAAAACUGCUUUGUUUCUCAAGUUGUUGUUGAUUUAGGGAGUGAAUGGACCUGCUGCAGAUAGAAGCAGAGAAAAGCUGAUAAAAGUUGUUUGAUAGUGGGGAAAAGAAUGAAUCAUUCUUUGCAGGAGCCAUUGGUCACUUUGGCCAGUGUGUUGAGAAAAGAGGUCUGACAGGUGCUGGCCUAUGGAAAGAAAGUCAAUGAAUGUUUUGAUGAAAUGAAUGUUUUUGUAUAAUGGCUUUAAACUUUUCUGGAAGCAUUUCAAAUAAAUUACAUUAAAAUAUCAUC